UCUAGUUGUGAAGCAACAGUAUCUGUGUGUCUCAUCCUGUUAGUUAGGUUUGGUGUAUUCUAAUUUCUUUCCCUGAUUGGUUAUUCAAUAGGAAAAAAGGUCCCAUCUUUGUAUGAAUUUUUAAGUGCAAACUCUGAACUAACCAAACAAAGAAACAAAGUUGUCAAUUUGCCAUAUUCUCUCUGCAUGUGUCUCUGAAAAAUGAAAAUGGUUCCAAAGUUGGGUGGUAGAGUUGAGGGUGGUGGAACUGGCUAUGGAACCAGUCCUAUCUGAAUUUCAAUAUAUAACUGCUUCAACGAAAUUCAUGGCUGCCAACAACUAACCAACAAACCAACCCUCUUCCAAUCUUUGGUGAAGUUCAUUCCUUUUUGAGUUAUUACUAUGGCCCUUUUUGUCUCUUGUGCUGUAACCGUCAUGGCUUAUAUGGGUUCAACUUCAAUCUUGUGGCUUCUUUCAAUGGUUUAAACGAUAUGAUCUGGUGACAACCUCUUUUGACUUUCAGCAAUGAUGGAUUGGCAAUUAUGGUUUAGUUUUGACUAAGUUCUUUCAGACGGGUCAUCUGAGCAUAUAUUUGUAUUCAAUUUCACCUUAUCUGUUGAAUGUUCUAAACCCUUUCGUGCUUUAGAAUCUGUAGUGUAUGUGUUUUAGAUAGUAAUUGAUAUCCUUGGUUCUAGAUAGACUUGUGGGGCAAAUCUCCUUUGGCAAUAUAGCUUCCAAUCUUGGAAAGAAGCAAACUUAUUAUCCUUCCAAAAGAAGUUGUUUAUGUUUGAAGACUCUGCUCUGUUGGGCAUUGGGCAAAUCUCCUUUGGCAAAAGUUACUUAAUUUCCUUUGGCUUGGAACAAUUUCUGUCAUCUCAAGAAAAAGAUUACUAUUCUGAUGUAAUUCCACUAUCCACUAGGAACUAUUUUCACUAGGGCAAAUCUUCUUUGGCAACGUUUCGUUACCUUACCUGCUUCCUCUAAUUUCCCAAGUAGUUUCUUCCCGAAAACCAGAAAAAAAAAAAGAUACUUUCAGUCUUUGAAACUUCUUGAGUUUCUGUUUAAAUUUCCAGUUCAAAAACUGGGCAAAUCUCCUUUGGCAUUUUGGGGUCCUUAGUUGACACAGGUUAUCCUGUUAGGCUAAGCUCCUUUGGUAUCUAAUCAUCAGUUCCAGACUUUCAGUGAUCAAGAUAUUCCUUUUAAGAAACUGAGUUUCUAUCUGAAAGAAAUAGCAGUAUCAAUCAGGCAUUAUACACGGCUCUCCUUGAAGUCAAGAUCAACGUAGCUGUUGUGAAUUGCUAUAUAUACAGACACUAGGGUUUGAUGAUUCUAUUUGGUUGAGAAGGUUGUGUUCCUUUCCACAAGAUAUUACUGAUUGCAGAUUACUUCUGAAUCUUAUAUUUCUGAGUGACAUCUGGUUGAUGGAUUCACACAUUGCUGAUUCGGACUGGGAGACCUCCAGUGACAGCAGCAGCAGCGAUGAUCAAGAGGAUAUUGAUUUUUUAUAUGGUGGGAAAGCUUGCAGCAUAUUAUCCAGUUUAGAAGAAAGCAUUGAAAAAAUUGAUGAUUUUCUCUCAUUUGAGAGGGCAUUUGCUCAUGGGGAUGUGGUCUGCUCGUUGUCAGAUCCAUCUGGACAGAUGGGUAGGGUUGUAAGUGUUGAUAUGUCUGUCGAUUUGGAAAAUGUUCAGGGAAACAUACUGAAAAAUGUAAACUCCAAGAAACUUCUGAAGAUUCGCUCCAUUUCAGAAGGUGAUUUUGUGGUCAAGGGACCAUGGCUUGGUCAAGUUCAAAAGGUGGUGGAUAGAGUGACUGUAUUGUUUGAUGAUGGAGCAAAAUGUGAGAUUAUCGCAUUGGAAAAAGAGAAGAUUUUACCAAUCAGUCAAAGUUUUCUUGAGGAUUCACAGUAUCCAUACUAUCCAGGACAAAGAGUAAAGGUUAAGUCUUCCACUGUUUCUAAAUCGGCUAGAUGGCUUUGUGGCACUUGGAGAGACAAUCAAGAUGAAGGAACUGUAUAUGCUGUGGAUGCUGGUCUUGUUUAUGUUAAAUGGAUCGCUUCUGUUCUUGGAUUCAAUUCUAAUGUCAAUGUCAAUGCUCCCACCUGCUGGCAAGAUUCCAAAAACUUGACCUUGCUGUCGUGUUUUUCGCAUGUAAACUGGCAGCUUGGUGAUUGGUGCAUGCUCCCUAUCGCAGACCAAAAGAAAGAGAUGUUUCAAGAUUCUUCUACGAGUGAUAUUUCUGCUGAACAUAGUAUGGCAAGAGGAUAUAAGAGAAGAAACCUCAACUCUAGUAUUGGGGAAAUAUUCAUAGUUGGGAAGAUAAAGACUAAAGUGGAUGUUGUGUGGCAAAAUGGGGAACAUACUUUGGGAUUAGACCCACAGAACUUAGUCCCAGUUAAUGUCAUAAACACUCAUGAGUUUUGGUCUCAGCAGUUUGUAAUGGAGAAAGGAGCUUCUGAUGAUCCUCUUAAGCCUAGCAGUCAAAGAUGGGGUGUUGUUCAAUCUGUCGACGCAAAAGAGCGUACGGUAACAGUACAAUGGACACAUUAUUCCUGUUGUUUCGAUGAUAUUGUGUUCAAGGCUCAGAAACAGAUUGAUUCCCAAGCUGAUAAGGAUAAUGCGAAGUCAGUGACUGACUUGAAUGGAGAUGAUCCUCUGAGAGGCAAGGAUGAAAUCAGUGAUCAGAAUAAGUUCCCUGAUGACUUCUACCUGUCUUGUUUUGGUAAUGUUGUAGGUUUCGAAGAUGGUGAUGUUGAGGUGAAAUGGGCUACUGGUUUAACAACCAAGGUUGUACCUUAUGAAAUUUUUCGCAUUGAUAAACAUGAAGAUUCAACUGCAACCCCUGUUCCUAAUGAAGUAAAUGUUGAGGAGUUAUCUCAUGAGAUGAUUGUACAUGAAAGUCUUCCUUCUGACCAGAAGGGAAAGGACUUAUUAAAUUGUGAUAGUGGUAGAGGGAAUCAUGAAAAGCAUCCAGGAGAGUGCAGUUCCUUUUCUAUUCCUCAAGCUGCAAUUGAACUUUUUUCAAGCAUUAAAACCAGCAUAUUCCAAACAUUUGGUGUAACUUCACUUUAUGGAGCAGUUUCCCGAGUCCCUACAUUUGAAGAGGAAAAAGGAACCAAUUUUCUUGAAAAGAAAGAUUUCGAAACUUGUGGUCCCUUCCCCGAGUCAACUCCAGUGAGUGGGUUGGAGACAAAUGAAGACAAACUUCCAUAUUUUGAGUUCGUUAAGAUUCAUGAGAGAAAUGAUUCUCCAGUUUCUUUAGAUAGCAAUAGUUCUGAUCAGUUAAAGCAGUUUGAUAUGAUAGAUAAUUGCUCAGACCACCACUUUUUUGAUAAGGGAAAAGGGUUGGCGAUAUCUCAGGUAAAAAGAGAUUGGGUGAAAAAGGUUCAGCAAGAAUGGAGCAUCCUGGAGAAAAAUCUUCCUGAAACUAUUUAUGUCCGUGUUUUCGAAGAAAGAAUGGAUCUCAUGAGAGCAGCCAUUGUGGGUGCGUCUGGGACGCCUUAUCAUGAUGGGCUCUUCUUCUUUGACAUAUGUUUUCCUCGAGAGUAUCCCAGUGAACCACCUAUGGUGCACUACCAUUCUGGUGGGCUCAGAUUAAAUCCUAAUUUGUACGAAUCGGGGAAAGUGUGUCUGAGUCUCCUGAAUACAUGGACCGGCACGGCCAGCGAAGUGUGGAACCCUGCAUCCUCCACAAUCCUUCAAGUCCUUCUCUCCCUGCAGGCCCUUGUCCUUAAUGAGAAACCUUAUUUCAAUGAGGCCGGAUAUGAUCAACAAAUUGGAAGAGCCGAAGGAGAGAAAAACUCGGUCAGUUACAAUGAAAAUGCUUUUCUUGUUACCUGCAAAUCGAUGUUGUAUCUGUUGAGAAAGCCACCCAAGCAUUUUGAGGCACUGGUGGAAGAGCACUUUAGACAACGCUCGUGUCAUAUACUUUCUGCCUGUAAGGCAUAUCUCGAAGGCGCUCCCAUCGGAGGAACUUUUGGUUCUGGAAAAUCCGAGGAUGAAAACCAGAAGGGGACUUCUACAGGAUUCAAAAUUAUGCUGGCUAAGCUCUUCCCCAAGCUUGUCGAGGCAUUUUCUGAUAAGGGAAUUGAUUGCAGCCAGUAUAUUGAGCUGCAAAAAUAAGCUAGUCCUAAGUAGUGAGUAAUCCUGCUAGGACAUUCCAACCUUAUGUAUAAUUAAUUUGUUUUCAUGGGAUCUGUAAAAUAUGUUAAAACACCCAUCUAUGCUAUGUUCACUACAACCACGGUUUAUGGUGUCUGUGUAUCAUAUUUGAUUGCAUAUGUGAAAUAUAAUGAAAAUGAAAUAAGAAGCAUUGCAUUGAUUGCUUUGCUUUAUGCCUUAAA